AUGGCUCUUGAUUUCACGGUACUUUCGAAGGCAAUGUUGGCUCGUCAUGGACGACUCAGGUUAUCUCAUGGUAUUGUUGAGACUCCAGUGUUCAUGCCGGUUGGGACGCAGGGAACUGUGAAAGGCUUAUUGCCAGAGCAGGUAUCGGGAAUGGGAUAUCGUCUUGUAUUAUGCAAUACAUAUCAUAUGGGUCAUAGACCGGGCUAUCACAUUGUUCAGAAAGCUGGUGGUCUUCAUUCUUUUAUUAAUUGGCCUUAUUUAAUCUUGACAGACUCCGGAGGAUUCCAGAUGGUUUCAUUGAAAAGUUUGAUGGAUGUAAGUGAGGAAGGAGUGAAUUUUAGAAGUCCUCAUACUGGAGAGGAAAUGGUUUUAUCACCGGAAGCAAGCAUUAAAAUACAGGAGAAUUUAGGAGCUGAUAUUGUAAUGCAGUUAGACCAUGUGAUACAUGUGCUUGAUAAUGGACCCAUUAUUCAGAAAGCGAUGGAGCGAUCAAUAAGGUGGUUGAAACGUUGUCGUGAUGCUCAUCACAGGAAAGAUCAAGCAUUAUUUCCUAUUAUUCAAGGUGGUUUGAAUCUUGAAUUUCGUAAACGAUGUACUGCAGAAAUGUUAAAACUUACUGAUACAGGUAUCGCUAUCGGUGGCUUAAGUGGAGGAGAAGACAAAAGCUCAUUCUGGAGAACUGUUGCUUGUUGUUGUGAGAAUUUACCGGAGAACAUACCACGCUAUGUUAUGGGUGUCGGAUGGCCUAUUGAUUUGGUUAUUUGUUCACUGCUGGGUGCUGAUAUGUUUGAUUGUGUUUAUCCUACGCGUACUGCCAGAUUUGGUACCGCAAUUGUGCGUCAUGGUGGUUUGUUGCAUCUGACGCGAAAUGAAUUCAAGAAUGAUUUCCGACCUAUCGAUGAAAGUUGUUCAUGCAUUUCAUGUCAAAAUUACACUCGAGCUUAUAUUCAUUCCAUAAUAAAUCAAGAAACUGUUGCCUGCCAUAUUAUAUCGUUACAUAACUUACACCAUCAAAUCAAACUUAUGGAACGACUACGUAGUGCUAUUGACUCAGAUAUGGUAGAAGAGUUUUUGAAAGAAUUUUUGUCGGAACAAUUUCCUAAUGCUAAUAUACCUCACUGGGUUCGUGAGGCAGUUGCUCAUAUGAAUUAUAAGAUUUGA